AUGCAGGAAUCUGAGAUAACCAGCUUUCAAUAUGAAGAGAAAUUCAUAAUGAAUUCAAGAGGAACCAAGCUUUUUACUUGCAGCUGGUUGCCUGUAAGCUCGGAGCCCAAAGGACUAAUCUUCCUGUGCCAUGGAUAUUUCAUGGAAUGCAGCGUUACUAUGAGAGACUGCUAUUCGCUUUCAAAGGCGGGUUAUGCGGUUUAUGGCAUCGAUUACGAAGGCCAUGGGAAGUCGGAUGGGCUUCGAUGUUACAUCCCCAGCUUUGAUGAUCUUGUUAAUGACGUUGUUAUCACUUCAGCAGCAUUUGUGAAAAGGAAGAAAACAAGAAAAAGAAGAGGAUUCUUAUGGGGGAAUCAAUGGGUGGUGCCGUAG